GUCAUAUGAGUACUAUAUUCAUACAUUACUUGACAAUAAGUUAUAAAGAUGAAGGCAGAACCGAUUGACGUUAUGAUAGAAUUUAUUGGUAUUAUGAACAUUUAUACCACUUUACUGGAAGCUGAAUAUUUACCAAUUUUGACCGAAAUUUUGAAUUUUUCUGAUGUUUUGCAAACGGAAAACUCAAGGAAAACAAAAGGGAAUAUCAUGUAUUCGGCAGUGCGAAUUACGGGAGGAUCUCUUAUAAUUGCUGGAAUUGCUUUAUCUCCCGUAUCGUUUGGGACUUCCAAUUGUCUAACAAUAGCCGGAUGUACUUUGACCGGCGGGUCUACCAUUGCAAGCAUUUCGCAUUCUCUUUCAUCGGACAUAUUAAUUAACAAACGUAAUCCACAUAAAACAACGGACAUGUUUAAGAAUCCUAGUUUUUUACGUCGAUUAUUGUCUAAAGUAAGUCGAAUUAGAGAAUGCGAAUCAAAAGAAAGCCAGUUUUACACAAUAGAAAAAAUCUUGGAAAUGAUGUUACGCAAAUUGGCAAAUUUCGAGGAAAAUGUGGGUGAAAUAUAUGUAAGAAAGCAUGAAUUUGAAAUUGAAGAAGACAUCGUUGACAAUUCACUGAAAACUCGUAUUAAAGACAAAAUCAAAAGAUGUUGGAAUAACGUUAAAAGAAUUAUGAAACCCGUUCCUGCAGUAAAUGAUACUGUUAAUAACAAAACAGGUCCAGCGAUAAGGAAUACCGUUUCCACAACGAAAGAUGUUUAUAAUGCUUACUCAGAUGUUAAAGAAUGUAUCUCACAUGCAACCAAUCCUAAUUAUGCUAACGAGGCCAAUCAACCAGUAAUGGACCUUGUACCGGAUUGUUUUCUACAAGAAUUGGAGAAUGGAAUAAAUAUUCUACAUCCAGCUGUAGACAGUACUCUUAUAGGAGCAGGAAUGAUUUUCGAUUGUGUAUCAAUUGGACGGAAUGUACAAAAAAUACGAAAUCGCGAAACAUGCGAAGAAGCAAAAACCCUACAGGAAGUAAUAAACUCGUAUGAGUCCGACAGAAAAGAAUUUCACAAGUCAAUGCAUCAAAUUGCUGAAAAAAUCGAAAAGCAGGUAAUACCAUGCAUACUUAACAACGAGAACGCCGUGUAUCAUGAAUAUCAGAUAAGUGAGUUUAAACGCUUGAAAACAUUUUUAGGAGAUGGAUUUCAAUCCGUAUUUGAGAUCUGCAAUCAGAACGAGAACCAGAUCUCUUAGUCUUAGUGUUUACCUGACUCAUAUCAUUGGUAAUCAUGAACUAUUUAAGAUAUUGAAGUAUAAGGUGAUUUUUUAAGAAGAUAAGAAUGAAAAUUAUUCGUUUUUGAGAUGCAAUAUAGCAGGAAAUCACAUAAACAUAAACACUGAAAACAUAACAAAUAAUAAGUUCAAAAUUGUAAGCGAUAUUGUGAUUUCUUUAAAUGACAUAUUUAACAAAUCUGACUCAGGGUAAGGAAGUCUCCUUUUUUGUAAUUAACAUUUUUCUAAAUACUAUUAUUGUUUACGCCAAUGAAAGAAAUUGCCUUAUAGCGCUCUUUUGGCGGAUGUAAAAUUUCGCGAUUAAGGGGCAACCAAGUAAAAAUUGAAGGUUUCUUAUUUGGUGGAUUCUUUUUUUCAAAUUAAAUAUUUUUGCGGAUAUGGAAAUAAUUGCAGUUAAAAAGUAGA